GCAUCACAAGCAGCCCGAUCCGGAGAACUCGACGACUCCCGCGGCUCGCCGGAGCUGCCUCCUGCCUAUAACUACAAGCAAAGCGAGAGAGCCCCCCCCUCGCCUUCCCCUGACCGCGCUUCGCGAAUCCGCAUCCAAGUUCAGAAUUCAGAAGAGAUCGGACCGAGAGCGCAGAGGCGAUGUCGAGGUUCAACCCGUACGAGAACAACGGCGGCACGUGCGUGGCCGUCGCCGGCGCCGACUACUGCGUCGUCGCUGCCGACACCCGCCUCUCCGUCGGAUACAGCAUCCUGUCCCGCGACCACUCCAAGAUCGCCCAGCUUGCAGACAAAUGUGUUUUGGCCUCAUCUGGGUUCCAAGGUGAUAUCAAAGCUUUGCAGAAGAAUCUGGCUGCCAAAGAAUUGGUCUAUGAACACAACAAUAACAAGAAGAUGAGUUGCCCUGCAAUGGCACAACUUCUAUCAAACACACUUGACUACAAGAGAUUCUUUCCAUACUACACUUUCAAUGUGUUGGGUGGACUGGACAGCCAUGGUAAAGGAUGUGUCUUUACAUACGAUGCCGUUGGGUCUUAUGAGAGGACUGGUUAUAGUGCUCAGGGAACAGGUGCAGCAUUGAUGAUGCCUGUUCUUGACAACCAAUUGAAAACUCCUAGUCCUCUUCUACUGCCAGCUCGGGAUGCAGUGACACCCUUGUCUGAAUCUGAUGCGGUUGAUCUGGUGAAGGAUGUUUUCGCAUCAGCCACAGAACGAGACAUAUACACUGGAGAUAGAUUGGAAAUUGUGGUCAUCAACAGCUCCGGCACACACCGAGAGUCCAUUGAACUGAGGAAGGAUUAAUGCACCGUUUCUGUAAAAUGGAACUACCAAUUUUAAGCAUAAGGAUAUUUGUUUCACUGUCUGAUGUAUUUGAAUUUCCAUUAUUUUGAUUCUAGCAGGAAGUGAUUACAAUCCA